GAGGCAGUACUUCCGGGAGCCUGGGGGGCUGAAGACUGCAGUCACUUCGGCUGGUGGGCUCUGCCACUAGGACCAUGCUGCUACGAGCCGCUUGGAGGCGGGCGGCCUUGGCGGCGACUGCAGCUCCGGGGCCGAGGUCUGCGGCGCCCACUCGGGGGCUGCGCCUGCGCGUUGCAGACCAUGCUCCCCAGUCGGCUGUUCCUUCAGAUACAGCCACUGCUCCAGAGUCAGUGCUGCGACCUCUCUAUAUGGAUGUGCAAGCUACAACUCCUCUGGACCCCCGGGUGCUUGAUGCCAUGCUCCCUUACCUAGUCAACUACUACGGGAACCCACAUUCCCGGACACAUGCUUAUGGAUGGGAGAGUGAGGCAGCCAUGGAACAUGCUCGCCAGCAAGUAGCAUCUCUGAUUGGGGCUGAUCCUCGUGAGAUCAUUUUCACUAGUGGCGCUACUGAAUCCAACAACAUAGCAAUUAAGGGGGUGGCCAGGUUCUAUAGGUCACGGAAAAGGCAUGUCAUCACCACCCAGACAGAACACAAAUGUGUCUUGGACUCCUGCCGUUCGCUGGAAGCUGAGGGCUUUCAGGUCACCUACCUCCCAGUACAGAAGAGUGGGAUAAUCGACCUCAAGGAACUAGAGGCUGCUAUCCAGCCAGACACUAGCCUGGUCUCAGUCAUGACUGUGAACAAUGAGAUUGGAGUGAAGCAGCCUAUUGCAGAAAUAGGGCAGAUUUGCAGUUCCAGAAAGGUAUAUUUCCAUACUGAUGCGGCCCAGGCUGUUGGAAAAAUCCCACUUGAUGUCAAUGACAUGAAAAUUGAUCUCAUGAGCAUCAGUGGUCACAAAAUCUAUGGUCCCAAAGGGGUUGGUGCCAUCUACAUCCGUCGCCGGCCCCGUGUGCGUGUGGAGGCCCUGCAGAGUGGAGGGGGGCAGGAGCGGGGUAUGCGGUCUGGGACAGUGCCCACACCCUUAGUGGUGGGGCUGGGGGCUGCGUGUGAGGUGGCACAGCAAGAGAUGGAGUAUGACCACAAGCGGAUCUUAAAGUUAUCAGAGCGGCUGAUACAGAAGAUAAUGAAGAACCUUCCAGAUGUGGUGAUGAAUGGGGACCCUGAGCACCAUUACCCUGGCUGUAUCAACCUUUCCUUUGCAUAUGUGGAAGGGGAGAGUCUGUUGAUGGCACUGAAGGAUGUUGCCUUAUCCUCAGGAAGUGCCUGCACCUCUGCAUCCCUGGAGCCUUCUUAUGUCCUUAGAGCAAUUGGCACUGAUGAGGAUUUAGCACACUCUUCUAUCAGGUUUGGCAUCGGCCGCUUCACUACAGAGGAGGAAGUGGACUAUACAGCAGAGAAGUGCAUUCAGCAUGUGAAGCGUCUUCGAGAAAUGAGCCCACUCUGGGAGAUGGUUCAGGAUGGCAUUGACCUCAAGAGCAUCAAGUGGACCCAACACUAGAAGACUGGGCCCCUGACUGUAUGCUGGUCUGGCCCCUCCUGCCACAACAACCCACGCAGACAGGCACCUUGUUAUGCGCCAUGGAUGCUCCAGAAUUGGUAUAUCCCAAUUUACUGAAGCAUUAGCUUACCUCUAUGAUGGAAACUCAAGGAAACCAUCUUUCCCCAGCUUCAUCCUCUUUGGUGGGGAACAUUCCCCAUUUCUUUCCAGGAGUUCUUCUCUGGAAAUAUAGUGUGUGGACAUUUUCAUCUUGAAGCAGUAGAGACAUUUGCUGUGAUAUUGCUGCUGGACCUAUGUGUGUCCUUGGUGGGGAGAGCAAGAGGAGCUGGAAGAAGGCUCUUUGUUCAGGGACUUCAAGGCUCUGUAUGGACAUUUGAGUUGUUGCUUUCUGCUGCUCAGCUGGACUGGCUUCUUCAGCAACAAGCAUAAUCAACUGCAAUUUAAUCUUUUUUGUGGCUCCAAAGGACAUGUUUUCAUAUUGACUAUAGACCAAAAGGCAAGUUUCUUAGAAGGCUUGUCUCCUUUCUGUUCUCAUGCUCCUUCCAGUCAAAAGAACGGAAAAGAGCUAAAAAUCAUCCGUACAACUCUACUCAUUAUUCUCAUAAUUUGUUUCUUUCCUUAAAAUUUGUCAAUGUGAAGAUUAGAGAAAUAAACUCACCUUCUAUUUA